AUGGACAGGCCAGCUGGGCCACGCCAGCCAGACAAGCGUAAUGAAGCAUACGAGUCUAUCUUCGGUCGACCAUCAGCUUCUCACCACCAGGCAGGACAACAUCCUGGUCAGCCUGGACCGGUUGUGCAACAGCCGCAUUAUGCACAGUCAGUACAUAACAUACCUGUGCAUGGCGGCCAAUACCACCACAACCACCACCAACCAUACCUCCAGCAUGACAGGAGGACAUCUAAUUCCUUCGCCCAGCCCCAAAAUUACUAUCCAAAUCACUUGCCACAUCAUCCUCAGCAGCACCUGCAGUCGCCAUACAGGCAGUCAUAUCCACAUACAGCUGCAUCCCAGCAAUAUCUACCUGGACAUCACCAUGCACAGUACACCCGUCCACACACCUUGGCACCUCCAGUAAUCCAUGGACGGGCUAGAUCUGUAGUCAGUUCACCCCAUGCUGCUGGUAUAAUCUCACCACUACCAGACGAUCCACCCGAUGAGUCCCUCGAGGCUCUCACGAGAACAGGCCUCACCCCUGCACAGGCUUAUCAGGCUCAAGUGUACCGUAAUAGCCCUGCCAAUCAACAGCAGCUCAACGAGCACGCCAAUUCCAUAAGAGAACCCUCUUUGAACGGCAACCAUCAUCUUCUCUCUGACGACGUGCCCCGUCUGGGCGUCAAUCUCGACCUCGCGGACACUAGCUUCAACAUCGAUUUUAGUAUCGACGCUUCGUCCACCCUUGUCGACCAUGCUGCUGCCUCCACCAACCGUCGAUCCUCGGAUUCUGUUCGUACGAUGCCUGGUCCUGCCUUUCGUCGUGACCGUGCUCCACAGGACCGAUCCAUGUCCAUGUCUGCCGCUUCGGGCAGUAUCCGCACUAUGAUCGAUCGCGGCUCGCGCGCCCCGAUCCCUUUUAUAGGUGAGGGUCGCAAUAGCCCGACCACCUCCGCCCGAACACCCCGCCGAGCACCCAUCGUAUACCCCGCUCUCCUCUCUCGUGUCGCGGAAGCAUUCCGUGAACGCAUCAGCCUCCAGGAUCGUCUCAAGGAUGGUCUCACGUAUAAGGAUGCCUUUGAUGGUCGUGAGGCGGUUGACAAGAUUGCAUAUAUCAUCAAGACUACCGACCGCAAUCUCGCGCUACUUCUUGGUCGUGCCCUCGACGCACAAAAGUUCUUCCACGAUGUCACCUACGACCAUCGACUCAGGGAUAGCGCUGCCGAGCUGUACCAGUUCCGCACGAAAUUGAGUCCGUUCGGAUCAGAGAGUGUCGAUGAAAUGCCUCUUCCCUCGGGCGUUUUCACGCUUCUUACGGACUGCUACUCGCCGACGUGUACGCGUGAUCAGCUGUGCUAUAGUAUUGCAUGUCCCAGGAGGCUUGAGCAGCAAUCACGGCUGAACAUGAAGCCACAGCCUGGGCUCAAGAAGCAGAUAUCGAGGGAGAGUUUGGGUGACUUUGUGGAACCUGGUACGUUAUGGAUCCACUCCGUUCCGCAAGAGGUCGUCAACAGCGUCUCCGACGUCGAGAAAAGGCGCCAGGAAGCAAUUAAUGAAGUCAUAUACACGGAACGUGACUUUGUCCGUGACAUGGAAUACCUUCGUGAUGUUUGGAUAAAUGGCCUGAAAGACAGCGACAUCAUCCCCGCUGAACGUCGCGCGGACUUCAUCACACAGGUCUUCUGGAACAUCCACGAAAUCAUCGCAGUGAAUACCCGCCUUCGAGACGCACUCAAUAAGCGACAAAAGUCAUAUGCUGUCGUGGAGCGCAUCGGGGACAUCCUUCUCGAUGCCGUGCCGCAUUUCGGGCCCUUCGUAAGCUACGGCGCACACCAGCUGUACGGCAAGUAUGAAUUCGAAAAGGAGAAGAGCUCCAAUACUGCGUUUGCACAGUUUGUGGAAACUACGGAAAGAUUACCAGAGUCACGCAAGCUUGAGCUCAAUGGGUACUUGACGAAGCCGACCACGCGAUUAGCUCGAUAUCCGCUGCUUCUGGAGGCGGUCUUGAAGCACACGCCUGAAGACAACCCAGAUAAACAAACUCUUAUGCAGGUGGUCACCAUGGUCCGCGAGUUCCUGGGGAAGGUGAACGUGGAGACGGGCAAGACAGAGAAUCGCUUCAACCUCCUGCAACUCGACCAGCAGCUUGUGUACAGGCCAGGGGAGCAAGUGGACUUGAAACUGCAGGACCCUGGUCGUGAACUUGUGUACAAGAGUGCGCUCAAUAAGAGAGGAGGCGGGCAAGGGGACAGCGGAGACCUGCUUGUAUACCUCUUUGACCACGCCCUCCUAAUGGUGAAGCAGAAGAGCAAACACGAACAAUUCAAAGUCUACCGACGACCGAUACCCCUUGAGCUCCUUUUCGUGCAUGUUACAGACGAAACUAACAAUCCCAAUCGUCCUGCAAACGCUCGUCAGGGGCACAAAACGCUCACGAAGAAAAACAGCUUCAACCGCGGCACACCGUACGCACCUGCGAUUCCAAUUAAGAUCGACGGCAAAGGCGGGUUCGCUAUCACAUUCAUACAUCUUGGGCGCAAAUACUACCAGAUGACGCUUUGGGCGAGCACGUUUGUAAGCCAUCGCAAGUGGGUCGAGACGAUCACGAAGCAGCAGGAGGUACUCCGUGAGCGGAGCACAGUGUUUGAGAUGGUCACUCUGUGUGAGGGCUUUUUCCUUGGUCAGAAUAGGGUGAAUUGCGCCGCGCCGUUUGCAUGCGGAAGGAGAAUUAUAUAUGGCACGGAUGACGGAAUCUAUCUGUCCGACUUGAAUCACCCAAACAGGGAACCAGUCAAAGUGCUGGCUUUGCUGGAUGUUUCACAAGUUGACGUCCUGGAAGAUUAUCAGCUACUCAUCGUCCUUUCAGAACGACAAGUCAUUACCUUCCCGCUGGACGCUCUCGACCCGAUGGACCCAAUGUCUGGCUUGAAGCGAGCAAAGCGAAUAUCGUCGCACACGACGUUCUUCAAGGCCGGCACCUGCCUGGGAAAGGUCCUCGUCUGUGUCGUGAAAUCGAGUCCGCUGUCAAGUACGAUUAAGACACUGGAGCCGAUUGAUCAGAACAUUCGUGGACGGAGUAAACCAACGUUCCGUAAGCUUUUACAGGGCGGGAAUGACACGCUGAAGCUGUUCCGAGAAUUCUACAUCCCCGUGGAGUCAAGUUCGAUACACUUCUUGAAAACGAAGCUCUGCGUAGGGUGCACGAAAGGGUUCGAGAUUGUCGACCUUGAGAGUCUCGACACGCAGGGACUUCUCGAUCCAGCCGACGCGUCUCUUGACUUUGUACGGAAAAGAGAAAAUCUUCGGCCGAUGGCUAUAUACCGGAUAGAAAAUGAGUUUCUUCUAUGUUAUGACGAAUUUGCGUUCUAUGUGAACAAAAACGGUUGGCGGUCACGGCAAGAUUUCAUGGUGCACUGGGAGGGGUCGCCUACUGGCUUUGCUCUUCGUUUCCCAUACGUCCUGGCGUUUGAACCUACAUUCGUGGAAAUACGUCACGUGGAAACGGGUCUCAUGUCGCAAGUCAUUCAAGGGAACAAUCUUCGUCUUUUAUUCGCCGAGAUGCCAGGAUCGGCGACACAUUCGGGCAAUGUGCAGCAAAACGCAUUCUUCGCGCAGCAGGGAUAUAGUCCAUAUCAGCAGCCGUCUCCACCGACUUAUGGGCAAUAUGGACAAGGCUAUGGCUCACCGUCCCAUUCCCCACAGUCACAGCAUGCACGCUAUGUACCAUCAGGACGUGACGAGAUCUUGAUGGUUUCUGAUGACCGGGUUUUAACAUUACGGAUGGCUGUGGGCACAUCACAUGUUGCGUGUGAUACGGUGUCGUUGGCGUCGUCGCGGUGA